UGUUUGAAACCACAAAUCACGUUAUGUGGUCGACAUUCCAUCUUCCACCCUUUGUCUUCCUCUCUCUAAUUCUGAUCUUUCUUUCGAACGCCUACCAUUCUUUUCUCUUCUUUCCUCAAGUCCUAUUAAAUCCCAAAAGAAAAGAACAAGAGAGAGACUUUCCUCGUGAAUUAUCCACUCGAAAGUUAUCAGUUUUUUUUUUUUUUUUUUUUUUAAAUUGUUUUGGUUUAUACUUAAAAGACAUUCCGGUUGAGACAUGAGAGUUUGUUAACGUCAGAUGCAGCAAUAGCAACACCAUGAACGCAACUGCAGCAGCUACAACCCCUGCCACUGCCAGUUUUAGCAACACCAAUACAUACCUUUACCAUGAUAACCACAAGAGACCCUCAUCCCAUUUUCUUGGUACCAUCUCUCUCCCGAAGUCCAGUUCCUGCUACUGCAUCAACACCAGGUCCACCGGCAGCAUCUGUGCCCAGAACAACCACCGUGGCUAUCAGUUCCUAGUCCCCAGAGCCACUGCCUCUCCUCCUGGCAAAGACAACAAGAACAGAACCAAAACCAAGGAUGAAAAAGUUGUUACCUCUUCUGCCAAGGAUGACAGUAUUAAUGUUGAUGAGACUCAAUCAAUACAGAAGCAAGAGCAGCAGCAGCAGCCUUCCGUUUCAUUAAGUUUGGAUGAUGUGAACCCGGUAGGAUUGGGGCGGAAAUCGCGUCAGUUGUUUGAUGAGGUGUGGAGGAAGUUCUCAGGAUUGGGGCAGAUCUCAAGGACAACUCGAGCUGAUGACAGGGAAGCCCUGGAUGCCCUCCUAAUCAGGGAAGGACCCAUGUGUGAGUUCGCCAUUCCUGGAGCUCAGAAUACCACUGUGCUCGUUGUCGGGGCCACCAGCCGGAUUGGUCGUAUUGUUGUCCGCAAGCUCAUGCUCAGAGGUUACACUGUCAAGGCUUUAGUGAGGAAGGCUGAUGAGGAAGUGGUCAGCAUGCUUCCUAGGUCAGUAGAAGUGGUGAUUGGGGAUGUAGGUGAUCCUGACACACUCAAGUCUGUGGUGGAAGGUUGUAACAAAAUAAUCUAUUGCGCAACUGCUCGUUCUACCAUCUCAGGGGAUCUCUUCAGAGUUGAUCACCGAGGAGUAUAUAACCUCACCAAAGCAUUUCAGGACUACAACAAUAAACUAGCACAACUACGAGCAGGGAAGAGCAGCAAAAGCAAGCUUCUUCUUGCAAAGUUUAAAUCUGCUGAUUCAUUGAAUGGGUGGGAAACCCGUCAGGGAACGUAUUUCCAGGAUGUAAUUGCUGCAAAGUAUGAUGGAGGAAUGGAUGCUAAAUUUGAGUACACUGAGACUGGAGAAGCCAUCUUCUCAGGAUACGUUUUUACCAGAGGAGGGUAUGUUGAACUUUCAAAAAGGCUUUCACUUCGUUUGGGUCGCACCCUUGACAGGUAUGAGGGCCUUGUUCUCUCUGUUGGUGGAAAUGGAAGAUCUUAUAUUUUAAUUCUUGAAGCUGGUCCUUCAGCAGACACAACCCAAAGCAAAUUGUAUUUUGCUAGAUUUACUACGAAAGUAGGAUUUUGUAGGGCGAGAGUACCAUUUUCAUCCUUCCGCCCAGUGAAACCAGAUGAUCCACCACUAGACCCAUUUCUUGUACAUACGUUGACUAUUCGAUUUGAGCCUAGAAGACAGAGACCUGUUGAAGGACCUACAGCAGUGAAGCAAGACCUUAGAAGCUUUAAGCUUAAAUUAGAAUAUAUAAAAGCCUUGCCUGCUGGGCAAGAAACAGACUUUGUCCUAGUUUCAUGCACAGGAUUAGGAAUAGAACCUACCAGAAGGGAGCAAGUUCUUAAAGCUAAGAGGGCUGGAGAAGAAUCAUUGAGAAUAUCUGGCCUUGGAUAUACAAUUAUUCGUCCUGGUCCCCUAAAGAUAAUUUUACCACCAACAUUAUUAGUAUUUGCACACCUGCAGGAGGAGCCUGGUGGUCAACGUGCACUCAUAUUCGAUCAAGGAAACAGAAUUUCUCAGGGCAUCAGCUGUGCCGAUGUGGCUGAUAUAUGUGUGAAGGCACUGCACGAUUCAACUGCAAGAAACAAGAGCUUCGAUGUAUGUUAUGAAUAUGUUGCUGAGCAAGGGAGGGAGCUCUAUGAACUGGUAGCGCAUUUGCCCGACAAAGCAAAUAACUAUUUGACACCAGCACUAUCCGUUUUAGAGAAGAACACUUGAUCAUCCUUUUAGUCCCCUUGUUUGAUAUGUUUUCCUCGAUAUAGUUGUCUUUGUAACGUUCUCAAAGAAGCAUAUAUUUUCACCUUUUCUGAUCAACUAUAUAUACAACUAUCCUACUGUAGAUCAUGUAUGUAUUCUUUUUGUAAAUCCACUUGUACAAGUACAAUAAUGUAAAUGGCCAGGAACACCUGAAUAUUCUCCAGAAAA